AUGAAAAAAUUGCUUGUCGUUUCAGGAAUAACAGGAUCAGUUAAAAUCAAAAGUAAUACCGGUAGAUUCACUGUAAGUAUGAACUCUAAUAUGAUUGUAGAUUUAUAAGAAUUGGCCCAUCUCAAGUAAUUGGCCUAAAACAUUAAAAACUAUGAACUCAUUGGAAAAUAUGAUGGAUUGAAAUAGAAUAUCGCAAGUUAUCAUUUUAAGAAGGAUGUUUUGAAAUUAUUGAAAUAAAGGGAUAGUUACAUUUUAGAAGGGGGAUGUUGUUUCUUUCUGAAUUAUUUACUCAACUCAAGGAAGGAGUAAUUUCAGGAAGAGCAAAUUAAAGCUGCCGAUUUAGAAGCAUAAAAAUUAUUAUAAAACUGCGGAGAUCCAUAAGCUCUAUUGAAAUAAUAUUUCAAAAACUAUGAUAACUCAAUCAGUAUCUCAGACAGAUAUAGAAUUUAAAAGGCUUUGCGAUUUGCUUUAUUAACAAAUGGAGAAUCUAUAACAACUCCAUUCAAUGAGGAAGAUCCCAGACUCUGCGAUUAGUUUGAUGUCAGAGGGAUUUUUUUGAAUGAACCUUAAGAAAAUAUCUCAAAAAAGAUCUAUACAAGGUAAUCUUUAUUGUUGUAUCAGGUGUGA